GCUCUAAUCUGGUCUGUUGCGGCGUUUUGUUCAUUUUUGAGACUCUUCAAACUGGCGGAGUUGGGCUUCAUAACCAUUCUAUUUUGGAUUAUCUGAUUUUUUCGGCCUACCUCUCUCUCUACCCUCGUGUCGUGUCCGGGUCCUUUUUUUAAUUCUCAACCCUUUUUUCUCCCUUUCUCUCCUGAAAGAUAUUUUCAUGUGACCGAUCUACCUACCUAUAUGCUCUCUAUGGAUAUCUUGCCGGUAGAACUUUUGAGACUCGUCUUCUCUCACUGCGAUCCCAAGUCCGUCCGAAAUCUUCGCGAGGUCACCCGGAUAUUAGCGGAUGUAGGCUAUGAGUACCUGCUAUCUCCCAGAUUUACUGCUGUCAGCUGGAGAAACGACAUCGAACGACUACACUCUAUUGCUCUCCACGACCGUUUAAGAGGAAGCAUUAGGUCGAUUUGUAUUUUCCUAGGGGAACUCUCCUAUUAUGAUGCGUGGAGUACUUCAUGGUUUCAGCACUUCGUGUCGCCACCGGAUACCCGUAAUGAACUUAUGGGAUCGGCUCGGCAGGCGUUCGAUAGAAUUGAAAGAGGACGCAAGAUCGUUGGCCCCUUGCAUUUGAGGAGCGACGAUCUUCGAGAAGCAUGCUCUGCUCUUCCAUACCUAGAAGAUUUUGAGGUCACAUUCACACGAUGCCCUCUUGAUAAUGAUCUUCUUAGGGAGGUCUUCGACUACCCAAGCUGUAGGAAGCUAGAUCGACCCCUAACGUAUAGCAACCUGGAUGCUAUCAUAUCUGCACUCCAUGGUAUUCGCUUAUCCUCCUUCAAGGUCGACCGACUCCCACUGGAGAUAUUCCGCUUGGCGGUUCAUCGCAACCAUUGGUAUAACAAUGCCCAGGCAUUUGAUAGCUUGUACACCCUAAACUGGACCUUGGACCCGUCAGGUUUGCAGGGACCCGGCUCGGCUUUCAGGGCUGUAAACGGACUCGGUCGCAUCUUGCAACUUGCAAAGAACUUGCGAAAAUUGAGGCUCGCAUUUCACCCUUACUCGAGUGAGAACUCAAAAUUCGCUUUAUCCUUCCGCGAAUUGUUUUAUGACUUCACCUAUAAGCACCUCACCGAUCUGACACUCGAAGGACUCUCUUGCGAAGAGGAGGACCUCAAGGAUUUCCUCGCACGACACGGUCACACUUUGCGUCGGCUGCGUCUCGGCGGCCGCGGGUUAGCUAAACCUUUCGAAGUGUCACUAGGAGGAGUACACCUGUACGAAGGGACGUUCAAGGCUCUGUUCACAGGACUUCGCGCGAAGCUGCCAAAUCUGGAACGCCUACACCUCGAAGGUAUCUUCGAAUGCGAGCACCACGAUUUGCCCUCGCACGAGGCCUACAACUUCUAUCCGUUGACCAAUGAAGACUGGGGAGAGGUGCCCCGCCCUAAAUGGGUGCGGAGCUCGCGGCAUACGAUUAAUUGCAUCCCCUUCGAACGUUACGUCCUUCAUGGCGGAUCCUAUCCCGGAAACGCUUUGGUCCAGCAGAGUUAUUGAAAAGCUGAAAAGUCGGUCAGAACGAUAGACACCAUUGGGAAAUUGCCACGUCGGCAAUUUUAUGUUUAUGAGAAACGAUCCUUGAUUCAAUUGUAUCACCACAGGACUCUUGCAUCCCCGGGCGCACUGGUCAGAUAGCGACGGAGGCGGGGCGGAGCAUGGGAAAUUGCUACGAUCAAAUCUCGGCGUGACCGUAUCGCAACCCGGACGCACGAGAGGAGAGCGGAAUCAAGCACGUGCCACGACACUA